CAGUGCGUCGUCUCGUUUCGUGUGGAUAAGAGUCGAAGUGAAUUGAAUUGGCGAACAUCGAGCAGAGUGUUGUUAGUGUCGUGCGAGUUUGUUUGGGAAAAAUGCUAUUGAACGGAUAAAUACAUGCAUAGAAUAAAAAAUUAUGCAUGAGCAAGAAUUAAAAUGAAUUAAUGGUGUAAUAGUUGACUGGAAAAGUGGUUUUCAAAGAGUAGCAGAUGUGUGGAAAAAGUGGAGUUGAAGAAAUGCAAAGAAUGUGAAGAAUUUUAGAAUGCGUGGAAAGAAAAUAAAGUGACACAAAGUGUGCAAGUGCAUUGACAAACAAUGGGCGGUGAGACAACGCAUAUGCAGUUGUGAGUGGAGUGCAACGGAAAAGAAUCAAAGCAAAAUACGACUGAAGCCUCGAGUGUAGAACGAUUCCAACGGAAAUUUAAAUAAUUCAUAGACACAUAAAAAAUAUUCAUAAUCGUAAAAAAUGCCAAGCAAACCGAUUCUUUAUAUGCUACAAUAUUAAAACAACACGCAUUGGCUGUUAAAAUAACAACAACAACAAUCACUUAAGCAAUACAUUUAAUAUAUUAUAUUUAAGGCAACAGCAGCAGAAAUUUCAUGCCAAGUAUAAAUUGAAUAAGAUUAACUGCGAACAUUGGAGCAUGUGAAUAAAGCAACAACAACAAAAUUGCAUCUCAUCAACUAAACAAAAAAAAACAAAAAAUAAGAAACCAUAAAAUUUAUGCGUUCGCUGACGUUUUGCAAACCGUUAGAAUUUUUCACACGCUCUGGGCGCUAACAUAAUGGCAGCACGGUGAACGCAGAGUCGCAAUCGGACUGAACAAGAAGUGGAUGUGCACCAGUAGGAGGCCACAACACGCAGAGGGGAAAAGACGUCAAAAUAAAGUAGCCAACAGCUAAGUUCAUUCUAAGUGCAUUGGCGGCCAUUUACAGCGGCCAACAAAGAGCUAUUGUGUAUUUUAUAUACCGCUGUGGGAUCUAUGCGCGCGUGUGUGUGUGUGUGUUAGUGAGGUGCAUAAAAAGCGCAAACAAAAAGCAACACGCGAAACCGGUUACUUGUUGCAGUAGUAUUGAACCCUUUCGUGCAAAAAAUAAAUAAACAAACAAAACAAAAAGACAGCAGGUUAUUAGGCGGCCACGGCCAGGCCUGACGGAAGGCAAGCGGUGAAUUUCGGAAAUUCGCAAAACACAAGCAAACAGCAACAGAAACAAAAACAAAAACAAGAAAACAAAGAGUCAGAACCAGUCAGAAGUUAAAAGUUGUUUGCUGCUAAAGUCGAAAGGAAAAAAAAACAACGAGUAGCCACUGCAGUUUGAGCAGCGGCGCGACCGCAGUAAAACUACCAGCAGUGGUGGCAGUGGAGCAGUAGUGGCAUUUGUGGCAGCGCGACGACAACAUCGUGCAAAUCCCAAGAAGCGGAAAUCGAAACUCAAACAACGAAAAGGAAAACAACAACAAAGCUUUAGCUCUCAAGUAGGCGAGUGCAUACUGCCGACGGCUAACGAGCAAAUGAACAAAUAAACUGAAAUGCGACACUCUGUGUUGGCUGAUUUGGGGUAAUGAAAAUGUGAUGCAUUUUUUACAAAGUUGACAUUAAAUUUUUGCCUGCAAUGCGCCGUAAAUUGAGAAAUUAAUUUUAGAAAAGUGAAUGGAACGUGAAAACGAAUUGUGAAAAUAAAUAGUGCGACUAGGGAAGACAAUCAAUUGAAUGUCAGUGGAGAAUUGUGAGGAGAGAAGUGUAAAAAAUGUGAGCAACAAAUUUAGUGAAAACGAAAGAAAACAUUUUUAAUACGAUUUGCAAAUAGUUUUGAAUAAAAAAUUUUAUAAACGGAAAAAUUCGAUUUUUUCGAUAAUUGACUCUAUAAAUUCUUAAAAUAUUAAAAGAUUGAAGAGAAAUUAAUUAAUAAUUUUGCGAAUUAGUAAAAGAAAUAUUUGAUCCUUUUAUUCCUGCAUGGAACUUAGGGCCUCCUAGUAAAAGAUGACCAGUAAAGUUUAUGCUGCUGCCGUUGUCGCGUUUUUAAGCAAAAAUUUACACAACAAAUAAUGCAAUAAAGUGUUUGAUAUUUUCAUUUCGGUGAUUAAGUGAGCAAACAUUAACUAAAGCGAUUGCGUGUGUGAAAAUUAAUAGAACUAAUACAAAAAAUAAGAAGAAAUUAAUAGCGCCUGCCUAAAAGAAUGAAUGAUUGAAAAUAUUAAAAAUAAGUGCAUGAGAAUUUAUUAUUCGUGAAAUUUUCUGCUAAUGCAUGCCCAAAAAUUUGAGAUAAAAAUAAAAAUAAAUUGCGCGAAAUACAAAAAAAAAAAACUAUCCGUAUGAAAUUAAUCGUUCAGUCGCUCUGUGCCGUGAAACUUAUAUUUUAAAGCUGUGCGUUUUCAAAUUAUUGCAUAGAAAAAAAACUGAAAAUGAUUGCUUAAAAACAUUUAAGAAAAUUUAAUUCAAAAUUGCAUAAGAUUUAUUAUAAAAUUUAUUCGCAAAUCCAUUGAAAAUCAGUGCUUAUUUGUGUAAUGUCAUGAAAUUACAAAAAAAAAACGUGAAAAGUGUGCGAUUGUAAGAAACAGAAAUUGUGGCGAAAAAGCGGUAAAAAACUGAAUAAUGUUUCAAUGCGCUGUUUUCUUAAAUAAAAUUGUGACUUUUCACAACGAAAUUUUACUAUAAGAAAACGUGAAUUGAUUUGAAAAACUGGCGCAAUAGGAAAAAGUGCAGCAUGUGGCAAGGUGCUUGAAGUGAGCAGCUACUCCGACUAUCGCAUAAAAAUAACUGUGAAGUAAAAGUGUUUUGAUUACUUUGACUCAGUGCGUUAACUUUGCAAAGUUACUACGAAAAAUAGUUGCAUGUAAAUGCUUCAUUGUGUAUGUGUGUGUGUGUAAGUUAGUUUCGAUUAAGUGAAGUGAAAACAAUGUCUGCCAUCUCAAAAACCACAGCAACAACAGCAACCAAAUCAAGCAAUAACGCCAACACUACUGCCACCACCGCCAGCAGCACCGCCACUAGCAUUCCCAACAACAACAGCAGCAGCAAUAACAGCAGCGGUAUUCAUACUAGCGUACGCAGCAAAAUAAACACUCCUACAAAUAGCAACAACAACACUGCCACAAUAAAUACCUCAACAGCCAAUACAUUCUCGUGCAUAAAGACAGCUGAAGCCACUCCAGCAGUGCCACCACUUUCGCUAUUCGACCAGCUUAAGAAUAGCGCAAAUCUCAAUAACAUCAAAUGCAGCAACAUCAACAGCCUAUUCAAUAGCAGCAAAUUUAAAACCCAAAAGAAUCUCACCGAUUGGCGUAGAUUUGCCGAGGAUGAUAGCAGCAAUAAUAGCGACACCAGCAGCAGCAGCAGUAGCACUAGCAGCGGUGUCAGCGAUGUCGGCCUCAGUCGCGGCUUUGGCGCUCAUAUUCGUUUGAGCGAAAAUUCGAUUAAAGACUCUUUUCAGCAAAAGUUUGUUGCCUCCGUUUUGGGCAACAGCAGUGAGAGUUUGAAAUCAACGAAAAAAGACUCGCCGCAACUGGUGGCCGUAAAACUAAGCAAUGCAACAAUUAGCAGCCAGAAUAGCGCUAGCAAAAUGAAUACAAAGGCAGUGGAAGAUGCGUCGCCUGCAACAAAGCCGCUUGCGGGCGCAACAAAUGUCGCCGACAAACAAGAAUCGGAGGCGUGUAGCCACAUUUUAGAUCUCACUUUGCAGCCCACCAAGCGUAAUAUGAGCCUUAGAGCGCCAGCAAUAGCAACAAAAAUAAACGCCGAGGCCGAGACAAAGACCAGCAAGCCAACACCAGUAGAUAUCACCAAAAACGCCACAGCAGCAACAGUUGUGGAUAAGACAAACAGUAACACCUCCAUUAAGGGCAACAACAACAGCAAUGGUGGUAAUGUUGUUGCGCAGGUCGAUAGCAAAUUGUCCAGCACAACCGCAAACGCCCCCAAUGUAGUUAAUCAGCCUGUUCAGGGCGAGAGGGAAAGUGUCAGUAAGAAUGUCAACAGCACUGGCAGCAGCAACAGCAACAGCAACAAUAGUCUCGGCCACAGCAGCACUAAUUGCGUGUCAACAUCAUUGACGAGCGCGAGCCAGCAACAACAAACACAAGAAGAGCAGGAGCAGCUGCAAAAGCAAAUAAAAUUCUCGAUGCCGACACUGCCACCGCCCUCAGCAAGCACGGCUGUGGCAUCUGCAACGAGGUCUGCUAUGGAUAACAAAAACAAGCCAUUGACUGUUGGUGGCUGCGUGGGUAUUGUGCGUGGCACUAAAAGAGGCGCCGGUGCCGCCGCAUUAGCAACAACAAGUGAAGCGGGGGAAACUGCCACCUCAAUGUUGAACCAUUUCACCACACCUGCAUCGGUGGCCCCAAUGGCGGCACAUUAUUUCGCACAGAACAAACGACAAAAACAAGGCACGCCCACAGCCGCAACAGCUGCAACAACAGCAGCACACUUUUCCACUGGUUUGCUUAAUGACCAACAACAAAAACAAUACAUGGAAAACUUGAAAGCCCUACUCGAUUCCGAUAAGCUGAGCUCGGUUUACGCGCAUCAUCAGAAUGGCAACGAUCUCAAGGCCGUCGUCUAUUCGGCGCUUACGAGCGCUUUGUGCGGCGGCAAUAGUGCAACGGCGACAGCGGCUAGCAAGCUUUUGGCUGCCGCCAAUCAGGCAAAGAAGAAACGCAAGAAGAAGCGGUGCACGGAUCGAUGCGAUUCAUCGGAAUCAUCUGACAGGUAAGCGAGAGUUGUGUAUAUCUCACAUCUGUUAUCAGGAACUCCGUUUGCCGGAAGUGUUCAAAGUGCAAGCCUAGUCAUCGCAGCCACUUAAAAUGAUGACUAAACAACAAAUGCACGGAGCUGGGCACGCCUCUUUCUAAUAAAAAUACCCACUAUGAUUAUAUUUUGCAAUGGUGAGUUAAUCUCAGUGCAGAACCUAGAGAAAUUCCUGCUGCCGGAAAGCACCGCAGAACAUAAGGCUUGAGAAUUAUAAUUAGUUCCCAUCGAUGCUCGUUUUCCGGCUGUUCGUUUGCAGUUACAAUUUCUCACUUUGCAUGGCAACACAUUUCUAUUUUUAAAAGCUACUUGACUGCGGCAUAACGUAAUUGUGUUUAUAGUUAAGCGAUUGCAAAAACAAUUUUAUGAUUGAAAAAAAUUACAUCACCAGCAGCAUUGCCGCAAAACAAUGUAAAUGUGUACGAACAACAAAACUAUUCCAACUACCAGUUGUUGUAAGCUCGUGUAUGAAAUUGCAUAGCAAAUCGCGUGAACGCCAACGAUGAUGUGUAUACGCUUUUAAGCGGUCAUAAAAAUAUGGCAAAGAAAAAAAGUUCAAUAAAAAAUCAACUGUGCAACUAAUUGUGUGGUUAAUGAAAAAGUGAAAUUGAGCUUGGGGUUUAGCUGAAUCAAUUAAAAUGUUAUUACAUAAAUUAAUUUUUUAAUAACUCAAUUAAACGAAUGUAUGGAUUAGAUUAAUGUAAAGGGGUGAUCAAGCCACAUUUUAUAGUAUUUUUAUAUUUGGUGUGAAGUUUUUAUUAGUCUCAUUUGUGAUUACAAAAGCUGAACGUUUUUUUUUUAACAAGAACUAUUUGUCUUCACGAUUUCAUGUUUAUUACAUUUGUUUUACUCUUCCUGUCAACCCACUGCAAUAAGAAUAUUGAGCUGCAAAGCAAAUAAAUACUUCCACAUACGCCAGCAAAUGAUAAAAAAGGCAGAACACAAAAAAUGGUCUGCAAUAAACCACGGAAAAUUGCCGCAACGAAUGAGAUUGCAAAAUUCGAGGAGUGACACUCAAGGAUGCCAACCAAAGCGCAGAAAAUAAGUGCAAAAAUAAAAGUAAUAAAAAGAAAACAAAUCUUACGAAAUGCCAAAGCAAAAGCAAUAUGCUAACUUUCAACGCUCCAUCGCUUUUGAGUCGCAAGUGUAGCCAUAAAAAAGGUUUGUCGUGCGGUUGCUGGUAUCCAUAACGGCCACAAACACGAUGUUUUCUGUAUAUAAUACAUAAUUUUAACAGUUGUACGUCAACAGCUCCAAAUAUAUUGGCCAAAUAAGGAACGAACUGGAAAAAGGCACUCAAAUAAAUGCAGACCAGACUGUCUGGAAGGGCAGACCUGAUCGGAAGGCGGCAAAUGGAAAGAAACACGAGAGGUGGCAAAAACACAUAAAAUUCAAUAAAAAACGACUAAAAUACAGCUGUGCAAAAUCAGCAGAUUUAUGCUGCUUAGAUGGUUGACGAAAGGAGACAGAACAGCCGACCGACCGACCGACCAACCGUAGCAAUAGUCGCAGGAAGUUGCUCAAGCAGGCUGAUACGUAGUAAGUCAAAUAUGCGCAUAAAGCAGAUAUGUGCACAUCUUUGUGCGCGUGUAUGGUGGCAUUCCUCUGAGCUUCUCCUUAUGCCUGGCUAUUUUGCCAACUGACCGCUUGCCUAACUGUUUAAGAAGCAGCUUAUAAGCCAGUCACUUCUUUCAGAUGCCUGCAUUGAAAGCCUUUCUUGCGCAUCGCUACUGAUUUUGGCAGGCUAUGGGCCCUGAAGUAAUUGAGUUUGUUUUUCAGUUGCCUUAUCGUUCUGAAAGGCUUGCAAUGAAAACGAAAUGAAAUCGUGUCGAGUAUCAGACAUGAGAUUUAGUAAAGCUUUAAGAGUAGAAGUUGCCAACAAAAGAAACUUCAGCAAGGGACAAAAAGAAGUUUUCUUAUAAAUGGGUAAAGCUAAAUAAGUUGCCUAGAAGCGCUUAUGUCAGCCUAGCUGAAUGGACAGGGGGCAGAUACCUUUAACGGCCAUAUUUUCCCUGAUUUUUAUUGAGAUUAUUUAAAAGAAGAGAGAGAAGAAAGAAGUCAAUAUAUUUUUUUCAAAAUUGGCACACAGUUUAUUUAGUAGUUUGUAGUUAUAAAAUAAUAUAAAAUUUGUUUUUUUUUUAAUCAUUUAAAAUGGCGGAUGUACACUCAAUUCUUCCGGGAAGAUUACAGUGGGGCUUCUCAAUCGGUGGGCAUUGUAGCAUCGGCGUCAGUUAACUAAAUACAAAAAACUAAAUAUUUUUUUGUUUAUUAAUGUCAUAAUUUCUAUAUGAAUUAAACAAAAAUGAAAAAAAAAAAUUCGCGGAAUAAAAUGCUUAAAAACAAAUUAAUUUUGGGACGAAUUUUCCUACUAUUUUUUGCUUCGAAAAAAUAAUUUUUUCCAAUUAUAAAUUCACAUAGAAAGUAAUAUCAUAAAAAAGAUGUGCGCCAAAUUUCAGGGAGAUCGGUCAAUAACUUUUCGAGUUAUCGUGCACGCCAAUUCGAAAAAUAUAGUUUUGAGAAAAACGCGUCUAAGUCGGCAAUGUAAUUAUACCUCUCCCGGCGCUCGAACGCAAAGAAUAGAGUCGUCACGGUUGACGAUUUAUAAUAUAAGAAAUACUUAAAUUUACGUUCUAAAAAUUUGUUGAAACAUUCUCAAAGGAUUAUAUUAACAUUAAAUGAAAAAAAAAUUUAAAUUUUACUGGUAUCUGUCCCUUUAAAAUAGUUUCAUGAAGUUAUGGACUUUGAGCGGGAAAAUGAACCACUCGCACUUGAAAAAUAUGAAGCAAUAAAAGGGUUAUGGAGUUACUUAAGCUGCACCAGAAUGUUAGCCAAAAUUUCCUUGUAAACAUUAAAAUCUUUGAGAAAAAUUAUAUUUAGGGAAGACGGAAAAGCAGCAGAGGUUUCCUUCGUAGUAAAACCAUUUUUUUUUUUUACUUUUUCAGUUCAUUUAUCUUCUCGAUAUAUAUUUAAAGGGCUACUUUGGUAAGAAAAAACCUAAUUUUUCAUUAUUUGUCUUCGGUUAAAUAG